GACACUGGUCAAACUGUCACUAGUGAACCCUAACCUUACAUAUAUGAUGAAAAAUAAAUAAUUGGGCCGAUUUAUGUAAUAAUUAUCACCGAAAAAUGGACAAACCGGGCGACUUGGAAGCAAAAUACCAAAAGCUUGCCGCAGAAUACUCUAAAGUGCGGUCUCAGGCAACGGUCUUGAAAAAAGCGGUUUUGGACGAGCAAGCGAAAAAUAAUGAACUAAAAGAUACAAUUAAGAAACACGAGCAGAAAAUACGGAAACAUGAUCAAGAAAUGGAAAGUUUGACUUUCAGAAAUGAGCAAUUGACUAAGCGAAUAUCAGUGUUACAACAAGAAUUGCAAGUGAAUAGUCAUGUCAAAAAAGGGAAAAAUAAAAAUACAGAGAAUAGCAUUCAAUCAGAUACAAGUGUCUUGGAUGAGGAGUUGCAGAAAAAAAUUUUUGAGAAUGCUCAACUUGUCAGCAGUAUGGCUGAUAAGGAAUUUGAGUUAAGUGAUUGCAAGGAGAGAAUUGCUUGGUUGGAGAAGAGAUUAGAUAAUUGUGAGAAAGAAUACCAACAAAAAGAAACCAAAUAUUUGGAGGAUAUUGCCAAGCUGAAAAAGGUAAAAUAUGAAGUUGAAAAAAAGUUUGAAGAGCAGCAAAUGGAUGUGUUAAAUUCCGAUAUUGCAUCAAAUAAAUCCAGUGAGGAUCAGAAUGAGGUCACUUUUUGGAAAGAGGAAGCUGAUAGGUGGCGUUCCGAAUGCGAAGUUCUGCGUUCCAAGCCACAAUCAAAUCAACAAUUGACUGAAUAUUAUGAAUCUCAAUUAGGAGAAUUGUUACAAACCAAACAAAUGGCUCUUUCCGAAACAAAAACCUUGUGGGGUGAAAAUCAAGCCUUAUAUUCAAGAUUAGAACAUCUAACUGUGGUAAAUAAGGAAUUAGAAAGCAAUUUAGAGAAAAGCAAUGAAGAGUUGCUUACUACAAUAGAGAAUUACAAAAGUCAACUUGAUGCAAUGACUGAGCAUAUAGCCGCCCAAAACGAUAAGAUUACAAAACAGUGUGAUGAAAUCCAAGCACUAAAACACAAAGUUGCAAGCAAAAAAUAAAACAUUUCUUUAAUUUAACAAUCAUUUUAUUUAUUUACAUUACAAGCUAGCUGUAUUUAUUUACAUAUUUUCAAGAAAAAGUCUAAUAAAUAAAAUAUUUGCAAAA